AUGUCUACAUUUACAGACUUUGGUGAUGAACUACUUGUUCCAUUGUCUAAUGAUGGUACACUCUCACCUUUACCAUCAUCCACAUCACAGUCACAAACACAACAAAGACCAUCAUGUUACUAUUGUCUACUGUUGAAGGAGUACACUACAGAUCAACAAGAUGAUCAAUCAACUACUACAACUACUACAAAUACAAAUACAUCUACACCACAGUCAUCAUUCACAUUGAAGAUCAUACAGACCAAUGCCAACGAUAUGCAAUCGAUCAAUAUCAAGUCAUUCAUACUGUCAAAGUCUUUGAAGAAUAUGAUCUACAAGACAGGCUCAAUAGGCACGAUCGAGGAGCCUGAAGCCACCAACCUAAUGGACAGCAGGGUCAGCCUCACUGCUGGCGGUGGCAAAUCAAUCACCUCAUGCUACUACACAUUGAUCGAGAUACAACAGCCGAUCAAAGACACAGACAUAGACACAGACGUAGACACAGACAACACAAAGUUUGACGACAGCAAGAAGAGUAGUGGCAGCAUUGACAUCACCAACUCCAACAACAACAGUCCAAUUGUCAACUUUGAAGAUCUCGACUUUAGUAUCAACAUCAAUGAUAAUCAAUCACUCAUUGCAGAUAUGGAGAGUUGUGGCAAUAUAAUACAAGAGUACUGUCUGUGUCUAUGCUAUGAAUACCCAGACACUGAGCCCAACAGAUUGGAGGCGUUCCAUCUCGAACUGCGCUACUUCUGUCACGACAUUGGAUUCAUGCUAAAGGGUGCCAACCAAGAGGAGUUGGACACAGUGCUCACGAGCUGGUAUUCAAUCUGUAUCAACUAUAUGCCCCGAGCGAUCGACCUAUUUAAUGACCAAUUCAUGUACAUACUGCACGCCUCACUCAAAGGCUCGCGAUUCGAAAUAACCGCCAACAAGUCAGUUGGAAAGGACAUCAUCAACUUCUUAAAGACCAUCAGUAUUCUUAAUCCAUCAGUCACAAUGGUGUCUAAUAAUGGCACUAGUGACGACACUACCAUCAAUACAUACUUGCUCGAGCCAGAGAUUGGAGGCGAGUUGGGCAACAAGUUGUUGGUCAAGAUUGUUGUUGGUGGCAGCGGCGAGAUCAAUGUGAACUACACAAUGUCCAAUGGAUUCUGUAAACGAUGGUGCAAGAAGUUCUUGGACAAUAGGACCGACUCAUUGUCCAUGCGUAAUCUAUCAGAGGAGAUCAAGCUCAAGGUGAUCCAGGAGUUGAACCUCUUCCGACGCAUGGUCGACUCAUCCAAGAACAACAACUACCUGCUCUACAAGUGCUACCUCUUCCUCCUCGCCAAUGACAACUGCGACAUACUCUUGGAUCUCCUCAAGAAGGACAAUGAUGAUCCUGCCACCGAUGACAUACUCAAUGUAUUAUCCAACAGUCUUGCUUGA